AUGCAUCCUCUCUCCUUUUUCUCUCCCUCUCCAGCUCUGAUAUCAAGAGCCUCUACAGCUACCAUCGAAGGAGCCUUCAAUUUUCCCAAAUCAAGUGCUUGCAAAACCCUUAAGAGAGCAAAAGAAGAUCACAACGCAGUUAAGAAAGGGAUUCGAAGCAUUGAAGAAGGGCCUUGUCAUGGCAGACCUACAACCAAUGAGGGUAUCACCAUCACAGAAGAAGACCUCAGAGACGCCACUAUUCCACCGCCCAAACCACCUGAACAGAGGUCAAUCAGAAAGCAGCAGAGGAAAUCAAGCAUCAGCACCAAAGGAAGUAAAUGCUCUGAGAUUUGGAAGGUUGAGGAAGCAAUAUUUAUUGCAAUCUCUUCAGGUAGAUCCCAGCUUAUCAGAGCGACAUAA